AUGAUCUGCCAUCCAUUUAUUGCAAAGCGGUUCUGCACAAUCCCUCUCAGCAAGCUUAUUAUUGCUUGCAUUCUAACUGCCAGUCUCUGCUACACGGUGCCCCGAUUUCUGGAGUACAAAUUCAUGGAUAUCGUUGUCCUCUCUCCUCUCUCCACCGGCGGCGGUUUCGGAAUAGGCACGAGUAUUGAGGCCGGCGGACAUCACACCAACAUUUCCUGGUAUGUGCUCUCCAACCUGGGACAGUCAGCAAGUUUCCGCAAUGGCUAUCAUCUGUGGUCCUGGUGCAUACUCGUCAUCGGCAUUCCCUCCGUCAUAAUUGCCGUUCUCAAUGUCUUUCUGGUACGCGAAAUUAACAGGUCAAUCCGGAGAAUGCGCGUUGAACAUGGCGUAAAGUCGCGGCAGCAGGAGACCGACGUGAUGCUGAUUGGUGUCAUCGUAAUCUUCUUCGUUUGUCAAGUGAGUAUACUGUUUAACGCAUCUAUUGUGGCGUGGUCCUUUUUGUUCUCGGCGUUGGUCGUCUAG